AACCUAGAAUCAACAAAGUGUUAAAAUCAAAAAUAGCCCCACCACACGAUAGAUUCCACCCAAGAGACAAAAAUUGCAACCCCCCUCAAAUAAUACUAUCCUCUUUAGUUGACACCAGGGAAGGCUCUUUCUCUCAUUUUCCUUGUAUAUUUCAACUAAGACUGCUUCCCCCUAAAUAUCCAUUAUUUUCUCCUUCACUAUAAAAUUCAUAUAAUCCAAAAAAAAAAAAAAAACAAUAAUUUAUUCAUCAAAUACAACAUCCUUACAAAUUUAACAUGUCACCCACUGCUGAACCUUUUCAAGUUGAAGGGGUUGACCCAACAGAGCACCUACUCAUUAGCAUUGAAGAUGAUAACAAUAUCGUCAAUGAUGAUGAUAAGUUAGAAAAGAAAUUUGAAAUAAAGAAUUUGAGGAAAGUUUCAGAUAAAGGGGUGUGCAUAUUAGAUGGGGUAAACUUGAAGAUAUCAAGGGGUAUGAUCGUAGGGAUCAUUGGCCCUAGUGGUAGUGGCAAAUCGACGUUGCUACGGGCGUUGAACCGGUUGUGGGAGCCGCCGGCUGGGACGGUGUUUUUGGAUGGCCGUGAUAUCUGUGAUCUUGAUGUCCUCUCCGUUCGCCGUCGUGUUGGCAUGCUCUUUCAACUCCCUGCCCUAUUUCAAGGAACAGUUUCAGAGAACAUACGUUAUGGACCAAAAUUGAAGGGAAAAAAGCUAAGUGAUCAAGAAGUGCAAAGAUUGCUAAAUGCUGCUGAUCUUGACGCCUCUUUUAUGAACACGAAUGGGAACGAACUAUCUGUUGGACAACAACAACGAGUUGCACUCGCAAGGACCCUUGCAAAUGAACCCGAGGUUUUGUUGCUAGACGAACCUACAAGUGCCUUAGAUCCAAUAUCGACUCAAAACAUCGAGGAAGCACUCGUGAAGUUAAAGACAACCCAAGGGAUGACAGUGAUCAUGGUAUCCCAUAGCAUAAGGCAAGUGCAAAGAAUAGCUGAUAUAGCUUGCCUUUUGGUAGAUGGUUCUGUUGUUGAAGUUUUGCCGCCUAAUCAACUUUCCGAUGCUAAGCAUCCAAUGGCUAAAAGAUUUCUUGAGCUUAGUUCUUAAUAACCAAAUUAAGAAAUCCUUGCAAUUAAGGAGAGAAGUUCUUCAAAUAUGAAGAAGAUUAUUACUUAAUAGAAGAAGAAACUUCCUUGAUUUCGAUAUAAAAGACUGAUGUAAUUGUAUAAUGGCACCUAAUAACAAGUUAGUGUAUUUUGGAUAAUGUGCUUUGCAAUGUGAUACAGAGUACAGAAUGCAUCGGAUAUGUUCUCUUUUAAGAUUUAA